AUGCAGCGAGACAGCGAGCCUUCUGACGUCAUCGUUUCCAGCGUCUGCCCAAAAAUGAAUCAGGCCUUGAUGCGCGCUCCGUAGCGGAGCGACCCGCUUCGCCUAAUAUUUCUUCAGAAAUGAUUACUGCACGUGCUGGAGCUUCGACACAGCACGUCUUAACAGUGUUUUAGGGGACUACAACAUCGUUUAUUUGAUCUACGUGCCCAGGUAACCGCUGUCGGUGCAGCUUUACUGGACAGGAUAGCUUAGCUUAGCUUCCAAGCUGUGAACAAGGAGACGCGGUUGUUAUCACGUCGCGAUAAGCAGAGAUCUAGUGUUGUGGAUAUCCUAUGACAAUGUGUGCAAUCAGUGUGAAGGAGGAGUACGAAGAGGAGAUCUGCCGAUUUAAAGUGGACGACGAAGGGCAACUAUUGACGUUAGAUGCUGUUUUCAAGACUCCUCGAGUGGGCUCGCAUAGAGCAGACGUCAGUAAAAAUAUAUUUCCUGAGCAGCAGGACUCUGAGUGCCCUGACAUCAAAAAGGAGGAAGCGCCUGGUCACCACCACUGUGAAGAAUCGCAAGCAUAUAGCCCCAUUGCUCCAACGUCACACUCUUCUGACACAGAUAAUGAACAAUCGAAAGGUUCCGCACCAAAGUCUGAUUACACUGGAAUUACAACCAACGCUGGCAUUGAAUGUGGAAAUGAAAACACAGAGCAGCCACUUCCUCUUACCAGGAAAACUUUAGAUGUUGACCGCCAGUCAGAAGCAGAUUCCUUUUCUUACAGUGAAGAGAGUUAUCCAUGUGAAAUGAACACUGGGCAGCAGAGUCCUCUUUCACUGGAAAUGUUAGAAGAAGAACAACGUCAGGCAGAAGAUUCAUUUUCUUGCGUCACUGAGUCUUUUGUGUGUCAAAUGCACAAGCCACGGUCUUCAAAAAACAUCCACGGGCGAGAGCUUCCUCAGCAUCAGAGAGAUCUCAUAGUUGAAAGGUACCAGUCUGGAGACGGGUACAAAAGAAUUUCCAAGGCAUUAAAUAUACCGUGGAAUACAGUCAAGAGCGUACUCGUCCGAUGGAGAAAAAAUGGCACGACAGUGACACUACCAAGAACUGGACGGCCUUCUAAAAUCGAUGAAAAGACGAGAAAAGAACUGGUUAAGGAGGCUGUUAAGAGGCCAACAGCAACAUUGAAGGAGCUGCAGGAAUUUCUGGCGAGUACUGGCUGUUCUGUACAUGCGACAACCAUAUCCCGUAUACUUCAUAAAUAUGGACUUUGGGGUAGGGUUGCAAGGUAAGGUGGAAAGCCUUUAAAAAGUGAUGACUUAGGUAUUCACUUGUUUUGUUUUGGUGUAAAUGUUCUGCUCUGAGAUAUGUGAGAUGUUGUUCAUGUUGAUUAGGGUUGAAUGUUGGACAGACAUCAGAGGACCAUUUUAAGAGCAUACUUGCAACAACAGAAAGGGAACCCACAGGUCAUUUCUUCCAACUUGCCGCGCUAUUACAAUUGUUUGUAAAAGUUUUUCUUGCACUUAUCGAGUAGGGUUGAACUACAACAUUGUUUGAUGGUUUGCUCCUGUUCAUGUUAAUGAGUAAGAUGAGCAAAUUGUUAUAUUUGAUUACUUAUCAAGUGAGAAAUGUUGUGUUGGCCUUAGUUCACCUUGAAAUCUUUUUGUCAAAUAAUAUAUCCAUGGUAAAACAACUAAAUGUUGUGAAUAAAUAUUUUUUAUUUAACUAAG